AUGGCGACGAAUAUAACAGAAACAAAACAACAACGCGCCCUAUUACUACACUAUGCUGGCCCGGCCGUCGAAGAAGUAUUUGACACUUUACCUGAUACAGGCGUAGACAAGGACUAUAAAGCAGCUGUAGACGUGCUCAAUGCAUACUUCAUACUAUCCCUCAAGUUAACUCAGCAUUCGAAGAAUACAACUUUCGCCAAGCAAAACAACAACACGGAGAAAAUAUCGAUGCAUUCCAUACCCGGCUUAGACAACUCGCCCAAACCUGUGAGUUCGCCAACAUCGAUAAAGAAGUAAAAACACAAAUAAUCGUCGGAUAUUUGUCACAGCGAUUACGACGGCAAGCUCUUCGUGACAACCCAAAUUUUAAAGACUUACUAACCUAUGCCAGAGCACAAAAGCGAAGCGAAGCACAAGCCACAGCCGUAGAAAAUGGCGUGUUAUCCAUAAACGCUGUCAAAAACGAGCAAAGAGACACAAAAAUCAGCAAGACUCACGCAAAAUAUCAACAACCAUUAACACAAUACGUCACCACUCUGCGAGGUACAUAUUGCUAA